AUGAGGACGCUAGUCGCCCUUACCUUAUUAGGAUGUGCUUUAGUCGUUUGCUCAGGCCGCGAAAUCGGCAAGGAGGAAUCCGAUUUAGUGGCUGCAGCUAGCCAUCAUAAGGGCCAUCAUCACGAAGAAGGUGGCGGCAAAGAGCACCAUGGUCAUCAUCAUCAUGAACAUGGUGAAAAGGGUCACAAGGGUCACAAAGGUCACCAUCAUCAUCACAAAGGUGAACAUGAUGAACAUCAUAAACAUCAUCAUGCAGGCCAUCAUCAUGAACACGGCGGUGGACAUAAAAAGCACUGGGAUGAACAUGAUCAUCACGGUAAACAUCACGAACAUGGACAUCACCACAAGGGCGGUAAACACCACCACAAAAAACACCACGAUAAGGGCGAAGAAGUUGAAGGUUAUCAUAAAAAGUACCAUAAGGACGAAUACCACAAGGACCAUCACUUCUAUGAUGACCACCACAAAGAAGGAAAACAUCACAAGCACGGCAAGCACCACGGACAUCACGAAAAACAUGGAGGUCAUCACAAGAAAGGCGGCCAUCAUCAUUCCGGACAUGACGAACAUCAUCAUGGCAAAAAAGGACAUCAUGAUAAACAUCAUUACGAUGAAGAUCACAAAGGUCACAAGGGACACCAUGGACACGAGGAACAUCACCAUCAUCAUGAAGGGCACGGAAAAAAGGGCGGUCACGAGGAUCACAAGCACUGGGGAUUUCAACAUGGAAAACACUGA